ACAAAUAUCGAUAGACCCAUUUGGCCCACCGGCUGGCUAAUUUGUUUACCUGCUUCAUUUAAACGUUAAUGUUAGUUUCCCAUAACCAAUAGGAUAUGGAGAUAACACUCGCUCUGAUAAAGCCGCACGUGCUGCGGAAUACCUAUGCGAUGCAGCAGAUCCGAGCUCUGAUCUCCCAGAACUUCACUGUACUCGACCAGAAGGAGGUUUGCAUUACGAAAGAACUAUCGGAGCGAUUCUACGCGGAGCACAAAGGAAAAUUCUUCUACCACCGGCUAACUAGUUUUAUGAACAGCGGACCCUGCUAUGCCCUGAUUCUGCAGUCGGAAGCCUGCAUCCAAAAGUGGCGCAGUCUGCUGGGUCCCACCAAGGUGUUCCGUGCCGUGUAUAGUGAUCCCAACUGCAUCCGAGCAUUGUACGGGCUAUCCGACACCCGUAACGCCUGCCACGGAUCGGACAGCGAGGCAUCCGCCCUUCGCGAGAUCAGCAUCCUGUUUCCGGAGUUCGACGCGGCUGUCGGCAGCCGCCAGGCGAAAAGGAAGACGUAGUCGAGGAUUACUUGAUCCUUACAUUAGUUAAAAUGUCCACUACCAAAGCGGUUGAUGUUUAUAUACUGCUUAAAUAGCUAUUGGAAUGGUCCUUAUUUAUGUUUCUUAUUUGUAUUGCUUUGCAUUUUUAAGAUUAGUAUUAAGCGUUGACCAACGACAGCAAAACAUCACACGAAAAUGUUGAUAUGCGCUGCUUUUGAAGUACUUUUAUAAUAAUUUUUGUGACUUGCGUACUAAUACAUUUAUAUAUUUGCUUGUAGAAGCAGGGGAACAAAUAAAAAAGCAUUUUAAAACAAUAAUUCCAUGUUGAAUAGUAAAAAACAAUACAUAAUUGUCAAAGCCAGCAAAACUCAGAUUACCAUAGAUGAAAGUAUAGAAACUUACAUUUCCAAAUCGGAAGCGCAAAUUCAGAGAGACAUGUGUUUCAAAAACUUUAUUUCGUCAAUUUCCGGUUUACAUAAUACAAUUCUUUUGUUAUUAGGUGGUAGGUACAUGUAUAGAUAGAGAUUUUCGAUUUGCUCUGGUUUCCGUUUAGCUCAUUGUAAAUAGUUGGUAAUAAAAUUAUAAAAUUUAUAAACUUAACAAAUUAUAUAAAUAUAUAUUUAUGUGUGGGUAAGUUCUGUAGUAUGCCUAUAAAUAGGUAAAGAUAUAAAUGUUUUGUAUAUCGGUUCAGACAAUUGAGAAGUAUAGUAAGAAAUUGAAAAGCGGGAUAUAUAUCAUUAAAAAAGAUCUAAA